CGAGAAGAUCAACGACCACCGCGCCGUCGGCAUGGCCAUCUACAACGUGGCGGUGCUCUGCCUCAUCACGGCGCCGGUGACGAUGAUCCUGAGCAGCCAACAGGACGCCGCCUUCGCCUUCGCGGCGCUGGCCGUCGUCUUCUCGUCCUACAUCACCCUCGUCGUGCUCUUCGUGCCCAAGAUGCGGCGCCUGAUCACGCGGGGGGAGUGGCAGUCGGAGCAGCAGGACACCAUGAAAACGGGAUCCUCCACCAACAACAACGAGGAGGAGAAAUCCCGGCUCCUGGAGAAGGAGAACCGGGAGCUGGAGAAGAUCAUCGCCGAGAAGGAAGAGCGGGUGUCGGAGCUCCGGCAGCAGCUCCAGGACCGGCAGCAGCUCCGCUCCCGCCGCCGCCCGUCCAACCCUUCCCGGGAGAACGGCGACAACAACCACUUCCCGCCGGGAUCGGGGGGAGCCCCCGCGGCCCCCCCGGGCGGGGGAGGGGGGACGGGACCCCCCUUCUACCAACCCAACCUGCCCCUCGUGCGCUGCCUCGUGUCCGAGCAGGCCGAGAAGUUGGGACGCGGGAAUUGCGACGGGAGCCGCGUCCACCUCCUCUACAAGUGACCCCCUCCCCCCGGGGGCGGGGCUUAAACCGGGGGCGGGGCCUCGACAAUUAAUUGUUAAUGAGGGAUUUGGGAUAAUUUGGGGUGUCUUGGAGGUGGUUUGGGGUGUUUUGCUCCCCCCGGAAUUCCAGGAAUUCAAUGGUGGAAAAGUGGGGUGGGAGGGGCUUAGGUCGGGGGUGGGGCUUCUCUGACCAAUUAUUAAUGAGGUUUUUGGGAUAAUUGUGCUGGUUUGGGGUGUUUUCCCCCUUUCCAGGAGUUCCAGGUGUUUUCCUAGGAUCAAGUGGAAAAGUGGGGUGGGAGGAGCUUAAAUUAGGUGGGAGGGGCUUAAAUAAAGGGGGUGGGGCUUAAAUAAAGAGGGAGGAGCAAG